CUGACUAUAACGAGAACUCCCAUUUUCCAGUCAGAGACACCUGAUGGACCGCCUGCAGCUCCGCUGUCAAGCUUUCGAAUUCCAAAGAAGUCAGCUAAUGCACAGCCAAGCCCCAGCAGUGCGGGGGCAGGCUCUGUAAUGGGAAGAGCUACGCAGAGUCCUUCGCCUUCGCCCUCACAACAUCGUAAGGAGAAUUCAUGUCGUGUGGAAAUAGAUGGGAAGAUGAAAAGAGAGUGGGUGAAAAAUUUGUACUUUCCAGUGAAAGAUGAACCAAGAGGGUACACUAUAGGACGACCAAUGAAACAGGAAUACAAACCUGCAGUUGACGCGAGAAGUCGGUGUGAUUUUAUCGUGCCCCGAACGCUGGCUAUCGAAAUGAAUGGAGUUAAUAUGGAUUUAUCUCAUGCUCCUGAGUUCGUCAACAGAUACCAUAUCAACAUAACAAAAGUUAAACGUAACGAUGAUGAAAAAGACGCGACAAGAGGACCCAGACAGGACUUGCCUUCGGCACAGCGCAAACAAGCACUAUUUGCCUUGUUCGGUCAAGUGGUUUCCGAACACCCGGAAUAUUUCGGAGAGAACAGCUGGAAGCAUGUGUAUGAUCUCGGGAACACAUUCUAUUCUAUUGGCUGUAAGAUUACGGAGAACGAUGGCGAUGUCGUUUUUGAAAUGGCUCCGGAUGAAAUCAACUGCCCACAGAGCCGCAAUUUUCUGUCAAAAGGAUGCAAGAAACUUAUCAUCACCGUACAAUGGACAGGAAAGAUAUACAUCAAAGGCCCAAAGCAAAAUGAGGAUGAUGGCAGCCGUCGGGAAGCUGCAAGGUUUUUCGAGAUCUUGACUAGCCAGUCUAUUUUCAGCAAUGAUCACCACGUCUUUGCCAACAAAUUCUUCGAAGGUCGAGUUGAUAACGACGUAAAGCUCGGAGAGGGCAAAUGUGUCAAGAGCGGUUUUGAAAAGAACGUACGCGAACUUGCUCUUUCUUUACAAUUGACAAUUCCAGCAGAUUGUCCCUAUUACAGCUUCCUCGGCGAUACUGAAGAAAAUGCAGUUCCAGUGCUACAAAUUGAUACGAAGAAAUCACCAUUUUAUCGUGGACAGUCCGUAUUGGACUUCAUUCGUGAGCUUACCGAUCGAAACCCUGAUGACGCUUUGAGAAACAAGGCUAUACGACAGAAGGUGGCUCGAGAAUUGCGCGAUCUUGUUGUAUCUACGACUCAUCUAGAAAAGAACACGUGGUUUUACGUUCAUGGUAUUGUGGAAAGUAGUGCCAGAACUCAGACGUUUGAGACGGAUGAAGGUGAAAUAUCGGUGGAGCAGUAUUUCAAAGAGCGAUAUAAACGUACACUGCGUUAUCCUGACCUCCCGCUGGCCACAGAGCGUAAAGCUGGGAAAGGUUUCAGUUUCUUUCCCCUCGAGGUGCUGUGCAUUGAGAGAGGUCAACGAGUGGAUAACAAGAAACUCGCAGGAAAACUCACUGACAGAAUGAUUCAACAAGCCCGUAUGCUGCCUCACGAAAUGCGUGCACACAAUUCGCGUCAACUAGAAGAAGCGAAUCUCAUAAAAUGCAGAAAUGAGUAUCUCGCAGCAUUUGGGGUCCGCACAGCCGAUAGUUUCGUAAAAAGCGAAGCAAAAGUAUUGUGUGCUCCAGAGAUCAAGUAUAAAUCUUCAAGUAUACAACCUGAUAGGGGCGGAACAUUACAAUGGCGGACAAAUCCUUCUAUGCAGUUCUACCAACCCGCUACGGUCAAAAACGUGUCCCUGGUCAUUUCGAUA